AUGCCGAACCUAGAUCACGAUCAAGUAAGCGGAGGAUGGAAGGGAGGCGGUGGCCAAGGCGGAGGAUGGAAAGGAGGCGGUGGCCAAGGAGGCGGUGGCCGAGGGGGAGGAUGGAAAGGAGGCGGUGGCCAAGGCGGAGGAUGGAAAGGAGGCGGUGGUCGAGGCGGUGCUGAGUUGGACACCGCAGAUAUAGAUGCUACGGCAGAGGACGUACAGAAUUCUGGAGGUGGUGGAGGCGGAGGAUGGAAGGGAGGCGGUGGUCAAGGCGGAGGAUGGAAAGGAGGAGGGUGGAAAGGAGGUGGUGGUCAAGGAGGAGGGUGGAAAGGAGGCGGUGGUUAA